AUGCCAUUCAUCCAACCAAGAGGAGUCCCCUUAAAUACUAACGGCAUCAACAGCACACUUCAUAAUAGCAAUAAUGACUCUGGAGGCGGUAUUAAUCAAAAAGUAAAAGAUAAGACAGAACAAGAGCCAGUGUUCAGGGUCAAAAAUGAUUGGGUCAAAAGUACAAACAAUUCCAUCCACAUCUUCACAAAAACAUGGCAGCCCCUCGUCGUCCCUACACACUCAGUCGCAAUAUUCAUUCAUGACGUCGUUGAGCACUGCGAAAGAUACCAGCCCCUUUUUAGUUACUUUGCGGGUAAAGGUAUUGAAGUCCAGGCAUUUGACUUGCCUGGCCUUGGAGAGACGGGCGCAAGAGCUAAUGCGCUCGGCAUAACUGGCGGAUACGGCAUAUUACUCAAAGAGAUUGAUAAUGCAAUUGACAGAGCCUCGUCCUGCCAUCCAACAAAACCGCUUUUCUUAUACGGCCACGGCAUGGGUGGUGCUCUUGUCCUCAACUAUGUCUGUGGACUCGGACAACGGAUCACAUCUCUAGCGGGCAUCAUCGUAUCCUCGCCUUACUUGAAGCCCGUACUUAAAGGUGUAGGCGCCAAGUUUCCGAAUGUCUACAACCGACUAGGGAAAUGGUACCCCAACAUCAGCGUUCGAUUUGAGAUCUCGCCUCAGGAACUGACAAGGGACCAUUCAGAACAGGAACGAUAUCAAGGCGAUGGGCUUAUUAGAGACUCAAUCUCUUUACAGUGCUUGGGUGAUAUGGUUUAUCAAGGCGACAAAGCUUUGAUGAAGCGCUGGAAAAAAUUUCCAGCACCAUUACCGAUGUUACUCUUGCAUGGAACAGACGAUCCUAUAUGUUCGUAUACUGCCACAGUAGCCUUAUAUACUCGACUCUCAGAGCUUCAUCCAUACUACAUCAAGUUUAAGUCAUUGAAAGGCAAUAGGCACGACCCUCAUUGGGAUAUCGAUGCCACGGUGGUUAAAAAUGAGAUUAUCACCUGGAUCCACAAGCUCUCGAAAUAUUUCAAAGGUGUGCCGCUCCAACCAAGCAUGGUUCACUUUGAUAGUAUCAAAUCAGUUCGCCAAGCCAAAAAAGCUGAAAGUAAUAUCAUCAGUAGCUCAAAGAAGCGCAGAGAUCCAACGGAUGCAAACACAAAGGGGAAAUCGAAAGACUCCAGUAACAAUAAUAGCAAGACCAACUGCGACAUUAAUGCCAACACUACAGAGAAGGGGGAAGAUGGAAAGUCAAAAGAGAAAAAGAAUGACAAAAAGGCAAAAAAAUUAGCAAAGGCUGAAAAGAAAGGGUUAAAUGAAAAAGGGAAGAAAAUAUCUGAUCAGCAGCAGCAGCAGCGACAUGAGCCUCUCAUGUCUUCGAAUGAAGAUAAACCAAUAAAAGCAACAGUAGCAACAAACACUAUUCAUAAACCAUCUGAAGAAGAACCUGAAGCGAUUCAGUGUCUAAACGACCUUCUUCAUCAGAAGCAGCUGGAAUUCGAAAGGGCUCAACGGAAACAACAAGAGUAUGGACUUGAGUCAGAAGUUACCGAUCCACUAUCAGCAGUGGUAAAAGAUGUAUCUACUGAUGAUAGCACAGCUCAUGUUGCUGAGGCGGGCCCGGAAAAAGCAGGGGUCAGGAUUCAGUGCAUUAUGGAAAAGCCUGUAGAGGGAAGCAUUAACGUACCUGAAAAAGAACGGGAUAAGGACACAUAUGAGAAGGGAAUAGACAAAGAAUACGCAGACGAGAUAAAGUCGGGUGGGCUAUCCAGGGAGGAGAAAGAAGGCGAGGAAGAAAAUGGGAUUGCAGAGAGUUGCGUAAAGCACACGGCGCAAGCCUAUCCACAAGAAGAGACAGUAGUCAACGUCAUGGACCAAGACUUGGUUAAGGAGGGAUCCUUUGAAACUGAUACGAAUAUAUUCAAGGCAUCUGAACCGAUAGCAUCGGAAGCAAUCUACAACUCUGAACCUCUGAACUGA